GGCAGACAGUCAUAAAAGUAUUAGCUAUAACGCAGUGUGCGUUUGCAACUUUGGCGACCCUGGGCAUAUACGCCGCUGACGACCCUGACGACAGCGGCGCGAGGCAGGCGUGAACGAGCGGCGUGAGGACGCCAGCGAUCGGUGUUGUGUUUGUGGGAUACCGGUAAAUGGUUUUUUAAGGCCUUCUAGGCCCUGGGGACAGGCGCAACCAUGUCUGUGAUUGGAAAGCCUGUUUUGUAUUCUUACUGGAGAAGCUCUUGCUCGUGGAGAGUGAGGAUAGCUCUGAACUUGAAAGAAAUUCCAUAUGAUAUCAAGCCUAUAAGCUUGAUUAAAGCUGGUGGGGAACAACACUGCAAUGAAUUCAGGGAAAUUAAUCCCAUGGAACAAGUGCCAGCUUUGUACAUAGAUGGCCAUACUCUGGUAGAAUCUCUUAACAUAAUGCAUUAUCUUGAGGAGACCAGACCUCAGCGGCCUCUUAUGCCUCAAGAUGUAAUCAAGAGAGCCAAGGUGAGAGAAAUUUGUGAAGUCAUUGCUUCAGGCAUCCAGCCUCUGCAAAAUCUGAUUGUGUUGAUUUACGUUGGUGAGGAAAAGAAGAAAGAGUGGGCUCAACACUGGAUCAACAGAGGAUUCCAUGCUGUUGAAAAGUUACUGUCCACAUCUGCUGGAAAGUAUUGUGUGGGAGAUGAAAUAUCCAUUGCUGAUUGCUGCCUGAUUCCACAAGUGUUCAAUGCUCGAAGAUUUCACGUUGACCUGCGUCCGUUCCCAACUAUUUUGCGAAUCGAUAGGGAGCUGGAGAAUCAUCCAGCCUUCCGAGCUGCCCAUCCAUCUAAUCAACCUGAUUGUCCCCCAGAGGCUACUAAGUAAAGGUGAGCAAAAGGGUCAACUACAUAUUUGUUUCAAGAUAAAGAGUUGUUAUAUUUGCUCACGCCAUGGGGUGACAACAACCAAAAUUUAAACUAGCUGUUACGUUCUGAGUACAUAACAGUAUACUGUUUAGGAUUCUAACAUCUACUCAUAGCUGAGUUAAUGAAAGGUACAAAGUCCAGAGGACAACUUAUUUUGAUAUUAUUUGAUGUUCUGGCGAUAUGAGGAGUGAUUCAUCACUUGUAUUGAUAAAAUAUCUUCCAGGUAGAUUAUUCCUCUGUUACCAAGACAGAGCUGCAUUUAAACAUGAUUUUAUGUUCAUUGUCAAUCAUAGUUAUAUUUUUUAUUAACAGUUAGGGUAAAGUAUAUGUCUAUGUAGAAUGUGAUUAUGAUCUUUUAAAGAACAGUGUUUUGAGAAAUGAAAUGUAUAUUCAAAAUGCUUCAAUAUGCAUUUGUGUGAGUUCCCCAGUUUUUUAAACUUUGUAAAAUGGCUUGAAACUGUAUGAUUCUGCUAUUUUCAUGCUGUGAAUGCUUUUCAUGGUUGUGUCUAAAACUCUCUUAAAUGCGCAGUGAUUACUGCAAGUAUGCCUAGGUGCCAUGGAAAUGUCCUUGAUAUGAUAAGUGUAAACAUAGAACAGUUCGUUAUAAAACGUGUGCUACGCAAGCUUUAAAGAAGCAUUUUUUGUUGCUUAUUUUACUUACCCGGUAGCUGGUACAUUUCAUUGUACACUGUAUCUGUACAUUUUUAUAAAGGAAUGCAAUUGAUACAAUGUAUAUA